AUGGCCAAAGAGCAAGCCGUCUACUCCCACGGCCAUCACAGAUCAGUGGUCGAAGAUCACGCGCGUCGAACGGCCCAAGACUCAGCAGCAUUUCUUCUUCCCCAUAUCCGCCCCAACCACACCAUUCUUGAUGUGGGCUGCGGUCCAGGUACCAUCACUGCUGAUCUGGCGACCUUUGUCCCUGAGGGCAAGGUCAUUGGUGUUGAUGCCGUCGAGUCUGUGCUGGGACAGGCGUCGGAGUAUGCCACGUCCAGAGGGGUGACGAAUAUUACAUUCCAAAAAGUCGACGCCAAUGACUUACCGUUUGAGGACAACUCCUUUGACAUCGUGUUUUGUCAUCAGGUCCUGCAACACGUGAAAAAUCCGGUCGCCAUAUUGAAGGAGAUGCGGAGAGUUGCCAAGCCUGGUGGUAUCGUGGCUGCUCGAGAAGCUGACUACAAGUCGUUCGCUUGGUAUCCAGAAACCCCUGAGAUCGCGCGGUGGGCAGAGCUCUAUCAGAAAGUCGCAAAGACGAAUGGAGGCGAGCCCAAUGCAGGGCGAUAUUGUCACGUCUGGGCGAAGCAAGCUGGUUUCUCCCCAGAUGAGAUCACCACUACAUGGGAUUGCUGGAGAUUUGCUGGGCAGCGAGUGGCCCAGUUUGCUCAAAGUUGGACAGGGAGAAUCUUACAGCCUGGAUUCAUGGGGACGGCGGUCCGAGAAGGAUUUUCAACCGAAGAUGAGAUCAAGAACCUCUCUGAAGCCUGGAAGAGAUGGGGCGAGGACGAGGAUGCUUUCCUUGCAAUUCCCAGUGGAGAGAUCUUGUGUCGUAAGACAUAG